AUGGCAUCGAACUCAACUGAGAUCGAGUUCGAUUAUUCCUUCCAUAAGCCUUUCAUAUACAGUGUAGUAGGUAUGUUCACACUUCUAGGCUUAUGGGGUAAUAUCAAUGUUGUUAUUCUACAUUUGAGAAAGAAGAAUCUAUUGAAUAAGUACGGCACUUUACUAAGUUUACUUUCGUUUUGUCAAGCGUUUUGCUUGUGUUUUGAAUGGGUAGGUAUACUGUACAGUUUGACCGUCGAGAAAAUUACUCGACAUGGCUGUUUCUCUUUAUUAGCGCCUUACGUGUUUCUCAAUUCAAUGCAAACUGGCCUAUUAGCCACAAUCUCAUUAGAUCUAUUGAUUUCAGUCACUUUCCCUAUAAGACAUAGAGUAGCGACUGUUAAUACUUAUAUUUUCUACAUAAGUAUCCCCACAAUUAGUUAUGGAGCCAUUACAGUAGCUUUAGGAGCUCUUUAUCUGGAUGACGAUCUCAUCCCUAUGUGUAACCCACCAAGCAGCUUAGCUCCCAAUGUCAAUCAAAUAUGGUAUACGGCAGCUAUGAUAGCCGGGUGUAUUACGAUAAUCAACUAUGUCAUCACGUAUUCGUGGAUUUACUAUAAAAGUAGAACUGGCAGAGAUCCAAUAGAGCUGGAGAAACGAGCUCUUCGUAGCAUCACUGUUAUUCUGUUCAUUUUCGUUUUCACACGUUAUAUAGGAACGGUUGUUUCCUCAACUCUUCGUUUUUUUCAUGUUCAUCAAGCAGUUAUUACCUUAUAUCAAAGCUAUAAUGUGUUUUUCGCUUGCAUAUGUUAUAGUCAGAACUAUUAUGUUUGUAUUACGACAAGUUCAGAAUAUCGUCGUCUACUGUUCGAACAAUUUUUUUUGUUUUCCAAUCGCACAGCUCGAACAGUUCAUCCACUGGCAUCAUUCCAUCAGUCGAAGUCGCAUCUCAGUCAUUCACUCAAGCCACUCUCACAACCAGCUUAG